GGGAAAGACGCUGGUUUUUGUGGGGACCGUGGAGAGAUGCUACAGACUGAAGCUGUUCCUGGAACAGUUUGCCAUUCCUGCCUGCGUGCUCAACUCUGAGCUGCCUGUUCAGUCCAGUUGCACCUUCAGAACUGGCAGAUCUUCUCAGCACCAUGCCUGUUUUGAGCUCUCAGCAGCAGCAGCAGGAGGAGGCCCAGCUUGACACAGCCUUCAACUUUAACUCAACUGUCCACGGUGGAGGUUUGCUCGUCUCUGAAUCCUGCAGCUACCGGGUGCAGUCUUUCCUGGGGCAGGGCACCUUUGGUACUGUUGCAAAGUAUGUGAGGAUCAAUGACAUGAAGUCUGUGGCCAUCAAGAUGAUGAUGAACACUGAUCACAACUAUAUGCAGGCUAAGCUGGAGGUGGCUGCCUUGAAGAGACUGCAAUCACUCAACCCAGACCGGUGCAACAUUGUUCGUUGGUACGAGGAUUUUGUCGACCAAGGACACAUUUGUCUCGUGUUUGAGCACCUGGACAGAAGUCUCUUUGACUAUAUGAAGGAGAGACAAUUCCAUCCUCUGCCUUUGAAGCAUAUCAGACCAAUUGUCCAUCAGCUUGCCAAUGCUCUUCACCACUUGAAGGCUGCUAAAAUAAUACACGCAGACCUCAAGUUGGAGAAUGUGAUGUUGGUGAACCAACAACAAGAGCCCUUUAGAGUCAAGGUUAUUGACUUUGGCCUUUCGGCUCCUGAGUCUGGUCAUGCCGUUGGCUCAUACGUCCAGAGCCGUCCUUACCGCUCUCCAGAGGUCAUUUUGGGACUAACUCUCUCAUGGACCAUAGACAUGUGGUCUCUUGGAUGCAUAGCAGCUUUCCUGUAUCUCGGUCACUUGCUUUACUUCGGUAACAGUGAGUAUGACGUGAUCAGGAACAUAACGCAGGUUCAAGGUCAGCCUCCUGACAGACUGCUCUCCGCUGGCUGCAAAACUGACUGCUUUUUCCAAAGAAACGGCAACUAUCUUUGGAAACUCAAGACACCAGAGCAGUUCCAACGAGAAACGGGGAUGACGGCGACAAAGCAGAUGUCAUACUUGUCCUCACUGAAUGACCUCCUUCACAUCAGACCCCUCAGCAGCUACAGAGGAACAGAUCGCUACACAGAGAAGAAAGAUGUGUGCAUGUUUGUAGACGUGCUAAAAGAAAUGUUGCAGCUGGACGUAGCAAAAAGGAUCACACCUCUACAGCUGAUGCAGCAUCAGUUCACCAGCUUGGGCCACAUUACCCACCUGUAUCCCUACAGUCACUAUGUCAGGUCUAGUGUUCAAGUGAUGAACGCCUGCCAGAUGCGUGGAAAAGCUGUGCGUGCAUCACGACGGCAGGGCACGGCCCUCAAGAGCCAACAACACUUGUGUCACAUCAUCACCCAGUUUAACCAGGGAUUUUACAACUACAUCAUUGCCACAGAUGAACAGAGUCUGGCUGAUCCCACUGCAGCUCCACAGACGACCGCAGGCAAAGGGAAGAAGAAGAAGAACACAGAGAAAGGAGGAAAAGCUAAGGACAAUGAGUAUGGAGUCUCCAGAGGUGUCGAUUUCCAAAAUGUUGCCAGUGUCAUCAACUUUGAUUUCCCCACCACUGUGGAGUCGUACAUUCACAGAGUUGGAAGAACGGCGAGAGCAGACAACCCAGGCACUGCUCUAUCGUUCAUCUCCCACACUGAGCUGGCUUUACUGUCUGAAGUGGAUGAGGCUCUCACAGGAGAUAAUGCUGAUUCUGUCCUGAAACCUUACGAGUUUAAAAUGGAGGAGAUCGAAGGCUUCAGGUACAGGUGCAGGGACGCCAUGCGUUCAGUGACGAAGCAGGCGGUGAGGGAGGCCAGGCUGAAGGAGAUUAAACAGGAGCUGCUUAAUUCUGAAAAACUCAAGACAUAUUUCGAGGAUAAUCCCAGAGAUCUGCAGCUGCUCAGACACGACAAAGACCUCCAUCCUGCUGUCGUCAAACCUCACCUGAGGAACGUCCCCGAGUACCUCAUUCCUGAGUCGCUGAGGGGCGUGGUCAAUCCAAUGUCCAGCAGGAGGAGGAGGAAGAGGAAGGAAACGCCAAAACCUGAAGGGGUCGUUAAGACCAGUUUUAAGAAGAACAUCAAGGGGGCAAACCCACUGAAGAGCUUCAGAUACAGCGGAGGCAGAGGCAGGAAAGGCAACACCAGCAAGUCAUAGCUGCUGCAGCACUGUCUCUCUCAGCUGUGCAGAGGACAGAGCGUGGUCUCCGUGUUGUCCCCCAGGUGAGACGAAUAUCAGCUGUGUGGACUUUGCUCCACAUGCUCAACAGGACACUGACUAAAUGGACUUAUACUGACUUGUGUGGACGGAGUAGGAAAUAUAAGGAAUAUCAAGUUUGAACAAGGAUUUCUGUCAAAUCCUUACGUGUUGAUGUGAAACGUGAGCGGAGACUGAGAAUUACAGUAAUAAUACCUACUGUCUCACCAGCAGUACAAUUUAUGUCUGUGUAAUAUUUGUAUUAAAACAAAGUAAAGAAAA